AUGCUGUCACUUCUUAUCAGACCAGAAUGCUUGAAAUUGUAUGUAUGCAAAGUUGGACUGCGUACUCUGUGUGUUGACCAUAGAGGUUCGCUUUCUUUUCCCGUCCCUAAAAAUAUAUCCAAUCCCUGUCCUUACACAUUAUCGCUUACCUUGUAUACUGAAAUCAAUCAACUCACGUCGAUUGCCUGUCUGGUGAAUAAUGUCGGCAUUUUUAUGUCGCUGGACUUUAUCCGCAAUCUGAUCGCGUGCAAUAUGAACUCCACGGCCAGUCUGACUCGUAUUGUUCUGCCCAAAUUAAUCAAACAGAAUAAGCCCGGCUCGGCUAUCAUCAAUUUGAGCUCGUUUGCCGGGACCGUUCCGUUCCCGUAUCUGGCUUUGUACGGGGCGACGAAGAGUUUUGUCCAUAAUCUGACCGAAUCGCUCCGACUGGAACUGGCUGGGACCGGGGUGAUUGUUCAAACUGUUUGUCCUAUGCUCGUGGCGACCAACAUGAGCAAGGUGAAACGUACCGGGUUCUUCGUGCCCCCGGCCGAGAAAUUCGCAUCCAGUGCGUUAGAUAUGCUCGGUGUGGAACAUGUGACCAUGGGCUGUUUGGGGCAUGCGAUCCAGUCUUGGAUACUGGCUUCCAUCCCCGGUAUGGUAGCCCGCACAGGCAAGUCGAAAUACGAACUGACAAUGAGGCGAUUGAAACGGCAGUAG